GUCUCCAGCAGCCAGGUCCUGUGUGCUCAGCUGAGCUCUGCUCUUCUGUUUUGAGUUCUUUGAUCGUCGAAUCCAUUAUUUUACCACUGGAUUUCUGAGUUACAAAGUUAUUUGGUUUACAAAACUCUUGCACCCAUUCAAACCUCAAUCACAAUGAGAAAUUCCCUUGUUGUGUUGUGGUCCUUCAGUUUUUGGGGAUUUACCUGUAGUACUGGGUUCAUGUACCAAUUUCCAGCAUCCAGCCUACAACACAAUUAUCCUGAUCAAAAUGGAGCAUCAGCGGCUAACAGCUUCUCAAAUCGCAGAAACUGGUGCCAGUUUACAGUAACAAGAACGGUUACCUGCCAAGUACAAAAUGGAUCAGAGACUGUGGUUCAAAGGGUUUAUCAAAGUUGCAGAUGGCCGGGACCCUGUGCAAAUCUCGUGAGUUACAGGACUCUGCUCAGACCACUGUACAAAGUGUCGUACCGCACGGUGACCACAAUGGAGUGGAGGUGUUGUCCUGGAUUCACUGGAAAUAAUUGUGAGGAAGAAUGUAUGAACUGUACAAGAUUUGCUGCUUUGGCGGAAAGAAUAAAUAAUCUUGAAGCAAAAAUUUUCACCUUGGAGGCUGUUGAAAAAGCAUCAGAAAAUGACCUUCCGAUAGCUAGAGCAACAACACCAUGGAAUGAGGACUUCUUACCAGAUGCAAUUCCUCUGUUGAGUCCAGGAGGUAUCUUCAGAAAACCUGUGAAACUCCCAACAAGUGCUAAAGGUGAAAACAUAGAAGAAAAGUGGGCUCAAGGACCUCCUGGAACGCCUGGUACACCUGGCUCAACUGGACCAAUUGGAAUGCCCGGAUCUAAAGGAGAGCGUGGGCAAGUUGGUGAAGCAGGACCAGCAGGUCCACCAGGGCCAAUAGGACCACCAGGACCACAUGGAGCUCCUGGAGAAAAUGGAAAUCCAGGGCCACCUGGUCCUCCAGGGCCACCAGGGCCACCAGGCAUACCUCUGUCUUUUUCUGAGGGAGUUUUAUACUCAGUACAACCUAAUCCAGAGAGGGGCAAUGAAGAACCACAUUUGGUGUCCACUAUUACAGACACAAUAUUGUCUGGACUUCCUGGUACUCGUGGACCACCUGGCCCCGUUGGACCACAAGGCCCUGCUGGACCAAGAGGUCCUUCUGGACCCAUGGGCAUUCCUGGGCCACAGGGAAAUCCAGGAUUACCAGGGCAGCCAGGUCCAAAAGGCGCUAAAGGUGACCAAGGAGUAAAGGGUGAACCAGGUAUGAGAGGUGAGCCCGGAACUAAAGGUCCACCUGGUGAACCAGGCAAUAAAGGAGAAGAUGGAGACAAAGCAGAUGAAGGAGAAGGAGUUCAGCAGCUCAGGGAAGCUUUAAAAAUUUUAGCAGAAAGAGUUCUAAUUUUGGAGCAUAUGAUAGGAAUUCAUGAUGCACCAUCUUCUGUUGAGCCAGGUUCCGGACAGGAUGUUUUGGGACCCUUUAUUCCUAGUAAAAUUAAUCUUAAACGUGAACAGCAACAAAGACAUCAGGCACUUGAUAUAUUUUCAACACUGCUGUAUGAAAGUGAACCUGGUCAGAAAUAAGGACACGGAACGUGAAAUCAGAAGAAGCCAGCCCGCUGAUUAAAGCCAAAGUAUCUGGAAUAUUGUCAAACAUUGUCUUACAGA